AUGUCUGGAAGGCUGUGGUGCAAGGCCACUUUUGCUGGCUACAAAGGAGGUCUUUGGAACCAACAAGAGCAUACAGCUCUUCUUAAAAUUGAAGGUUUUUAUGCCCGAGAUGAAACUGAAUUCUACUUAGGCAAGAGAUGCACUGACAUGUAUAAAGCAAAAAACAACACAGUGACUCCUAGUGACAAACCAAACAAAACCAGAGUAACCUGGGGAAAGGUAACCCAGGCCCAUAGAAACAGUGGCAUGGUUCGUGCCAAAUUCCGAAGCAAUCUUCCUGCAAAGGCCAUUGGACACAGAAUCCGAGUGAUGCUGUACCCCUCACGGAUUUAAACUAAUGGAACAUA